AUGAAUAUCGAAGUGCACAACAUCACUUACACCAGCGCCACCGUCUCCUGGGCCAUGAGCAACCCCUGUCCAGAGAACUACUACCACGUCAUGUACCGCCCCAACUGGAACAGCAUCUUCGCUGGCUAUUUACGCCAAAACUUCCACCGUGAGGAGCGAGUUCCUCACCCACUCAGCUCCCUCGUCCUCCACCGACUCACACCAUCCACCAUCUAUGUUCUCUGCAUCACAUGCAAGAACUCUUACCCCUCCAGCAACCACUGCACCACCUUCCACACUCUGAACAAAACCCCUCUGAUUUUCGGCGGCUCUAAGCAUGAUUCGGCGGCUCUAAGCAUGACCACCACUUCCAUAUGGAUGGUGAGCAGCCUGCUGCUCCUCUGCUUCUCUGCUCUCCUGGCCUACGGCUGCCUGCAGUUCUGGUCUGCACGGUGCCACCGGGCUGUGAGGCUGAAGCAUCCCAAUGCCAGCCGUGAAGAAGGGAGCAGCUCGCUGGAGAGGCCACUGGAUGAUGGACUGAGAGAGGAGUUUCUGGAAGUCCCCAUGACCACCGUACUAAUGAGGAGCUCCAGCUUCAUGAGGGAGAGCCCCUGUAGCUCCCCUCACAGCUUUUUUUCCUAUAAAACCAGUGAUGAUAAAAAGGCCAUCUUGCCACAGCAUGGCCUUCAAUGA